GGCUGUCCAACAGAACUGGUUCCUCUGGUCACGCAUGCCUGCCUGCGACUGGAUGGGAGAAACAGUCAACUGUUAAACAGCCUGGGGGAGCAAAGAAGGCUUUAAGAUCCAGCCCCACAUUCCUAACCUCUCUCUGGGCUAUAAAAUGUGGAGCCCCAACAGUUCAGCUCCUCCUCCUCCUGUGUUUGUUUUCUGACACCCUCCUUCUGGUUCAGAGUGGAAGAGCAGCCUGACAGGGAAGUACCAUUCUCCAACCACAGGGGAACUCCUUGAGCUGAGUUACAGAAGAGCUGCUUUCAAGCUUCCUGCCUUCCCCCUCUGCGUUUUCUGUCAGUGGACUGGCCUGAUGUGGAGGGGAGAGGUUGGAGGGGGGUUCAGAAGAGGAGAGAGUGAGAACAGCAUUUUGGAAACCAGCUGAUCAGAGCUGUGGUAUUCUGCCACAGAGGCAAAGGGGAGAAGGAGCGUGACUGGAAAAAAAAGAAGAUAGAGAAAGCAGCUGAAGUCUUUGUGAUUUUAAGACUGAGAAAAUCAAAAACAGAAAGUGUGGAAAAGAAAUGUCUCAUUCCUUUCAUGGGAAACUAGGAACUCAUGUGAAGAGAGAAGCUCUGUGGAAAGAUGUGAGAGCUGUUGGCAUGGUGGAAAUCUGAGGACGAAACACGGAGAAAAAGAUCAGUCCAGGAAACCAAUCCUUGGCCAUCAGUGUGUCCAACAGAGGGUUUAGGAACCCCUGUGGAAAGAGGAGUGAUGUCUUGGCUGUCACCUGUGUCAUGGGCCAAAUGGACGUGGACGGCGGUGAGAGGGGGAGAGGGGGAAGAGGAGGAUGAAGAGGGGCAGGAGGCCAGCGAGGAGAGGGAGCAACGUGGAGAGAGAGGGGAGGAAGAGGAGGAGGAGAGAUCUCAAGGCUGCAGCUCUGACUCAGAGGGUCAUUUUGACACUCCUGAAGCAGCAACUCCUGUCCGUGCCCCUCCGACCAUCCCAGGAGAGCUGGAGAAUAACAAUCUUGAUGCAGACAAAACAGACCUGGAUCUGGAGGAGCACCUGAUAGUGACUGCUCCUGUAAGGGAUCAAGAUAUUUUGCUCAGGCGCAGCAUGGGUCAGGGUGAACCUGCAGCCCCCAUGGGUGGCCCACUAGAAAUAAACAUGCAGACACUGGAAGCAGAACAAACAGAGAAUCUUCCAGAAGCCUUGGGCUCUGUGCCUGUCCCUGAUUCAUCCUCAGUGAUGGAAACUCAUGAAGUGGCUAAAUGCACAGCACCAUCCACUGAGCCAUCCCAAGCCCCAGUCCCCAUUCUAGUUGCAGAUCCUCUCCCAGAUCUGAAUCCAGCUCUAGCACCAGCUUCUGUUCCAACCCCAAUGCCAGACUCAGUACAGAGCAGUGGACCUGAACCCAGCCAAGCUCUGGAGCCCCCUGAGGAAAAAACUUUUGUUGUUUCAGAACCAGAGUGCAAUGGCCUCCCCAGCCAGACAGAACCUAUUCAAAAGACUAAAACCAGAAAAUCUAAGCCUCCUUCUCUGGAAAUGAAGGCCUCAGUCAACGAUCUGGAUCAAACAAAUGAAGAACAAGAUAUUCCUGUUCCCAAGGCCACAUACAACUUUGACCUUGACCAGUUGGAUGUCAGCUUUAACCCCUUUACCAGCGGUGGAUCAAAAAUACAAAACUCUCCUCCUCCGUGCGGUUCAAACUCUCUACCCAGACUUGAGCCACUUGGUAGCUCUUUGCCUGUCUGUGCGGACAGCUCAGCAGCAGAAGCAGAGAUGAUGGAGUCGGCAUCAAAGGCCAAACCUGUGAUUCUGGAGUUUGGUCUGGAUGAGGGGUCGGUCACCAAGCCACCUCCAAGGAAAUUAGGUGGAAAAAAGACAAUGAGCAAACUCGCAGCUAAGAAGCAAAGGCCCAAAGGAUCAGAGGGUCCCUGCAAACCUGCACCAGAACCCACAGUGUCAGAACCAGUCUCUCAACCAGCACCAGAAUCAAUUUCCCAAUCAAUAUCAGAACCUGUUUCAGAUCCUCUUCCAGAAACUUCUUUGCCAGUUUCAGACUCUUCUGCACCUCUGAACCUUGACGAUGUUCCUAUUCCUAAGACAGGAGCAUAUAACUUUGAUCCCAGUCAGUGGGAUGACCCGAACUUCAAUCCGUUUGGUAGCAAUAGCAAGGUGAGCAACUCUCCUGUUCUCCCUAAGGGUUCCUACAGCUUUGACCCAGAUAAUUUUGAUGACUCUGUGGACCCUUUUAAAUCCUCCAAAACCCUGAGCAAUGAGGAUUUGUCCAGUAGUGCUGAGCAGCCUGAGAAAAAAGUAAAAGACGGAGGCAAACAAAAAGCAGGACACUCGUCUAGUGAGAAGAAAGUGCGGCAGAUUCCCAAGAAAAGCAAAGAGAGGACAAUCACGAAUUCCUGUAAAGUACAGAAAUAUGAUGAAAGCCAGUCCUUGGUGCUUGACGUGUGUAAUCAGGGGGAAGACGAGGUGGUGGUUCAGACACCAGAGAUCACCCAGCGGGUUCAUCACGCCACCGAUGAAGAGAAGUUGGCCUCCACUGGCAUCAUGGGCCAGCCCACAGACAGCCAGGAGGAGAGGGGAGAACCCGAAUGCAAUAAAGCACCUCCGAAAAAACAGCCAAUCUGUGAUGUAUCUGUUAUGGAUGGUCCUGAGACCAAGAUUGCAGAUCAUCAGGAGGACAAGGACACCUGCAGUCUGAAAGAUGAUAUAAGUGAGAUAUCCGUGAACCAAACAACAAAGGUAACCAGCAGUGAUGCCACAGACACAGCAACCCUGACAGCCCUGACCCAGGACAACAUUCCUCUGAGUGAGAUGGACAAGGCUGCAGUGCUCACCCUGAUCAGAGAAGAGAUCAUCACUAAAGAGAUUGAGGUCAAUGAGUGGAAGAGAAAGUACGAGGAGAGCAGAGCAGAGGUUUUUGAGAUGAGGAAAAUAGUUGCAGAAUAUGAGAAGACGGUUGCACAGAUGAUUGAGGAUGAGCAGCAGCAGAAGACCCUGUCCUGUAGUAAGUCAGUCAGGCAGUUGACUCUAGAGAGGGAUCAGGCCCUGGCUGACCUCAACUCAGUGGAGCGCUCCUUCGCUGACCUCUUCAGGAGGUAUGAGAACAUGAAGGGAGUUCUGGAGGGCUUCAAGAAGAAUGAGGAGGUGCUGAAGAAGUGUGCGCAGGACUACCUGAUGCGGAUCAAGCAGGAGGAGCAACGGUACCAAACCCUCAAGGUGCAUGCUGAGGAGAAACUGGACAAGGCUAAUGAAGAGAUAGCCCAGGUACGUACUAAGGCUAACGCUGAGAGUGUCGCACUGAACGCCAGCCUGAGGAAGGAGCAGAUGAAGGUGGAGUCACUUGAAAGAGCUGUCCUUCAAAAGAAUCAAGAGAUCGAGGAGCUCACCAAGAUCUGUGACGAACUGAUCGCCAAACUGGGAACUGAAUAAGAGGCCUUCAAUCAAACUGUCUGUAAAUUCUGUACAUGAACACAAUUCAACACAUUUCAACUUUCUCUCUGUCAGCUCAUAUAUAUAUUUUUUAUUUAUAUUAUUGAAAUGCAAAUUAGUUGCACUUACUCAUAUUAUUUCAGACUGAAAUAUGAAACCAGAACAAUAAUGUCAUUGGGUAAAUCAAGAAGCAUGGAGUUAUCAUAAGGUGUAUUUUAAUUACUUUGAAGGAGACGCGUUAUGAUGAUAUUCCAGCCAUGAUUUACCAUUUUAUACAACAUGUUUCACACAAAACUGUAGGAAAUGAUGUGGAAACUAAGGGAAAGAAAAUGUGGACAUACAUAUUUUACCACAGCAUGUCUACACUGUAUUAUGGAUAGAUGCAGUUUUCAGAAAGGACAAAUCACUUCAUGGAGUGCCUAAACUGAUCAUGGUGUAUUCAUUUCAGGGCUAAAUAUUUCUUGCUGGCGUUUCUUUUGUGAUGCAGACAUUUCUGCUCAUUAUCUUCUUUCAUCCUCAAAUGAGCUGUGAGUGAUAUUGCAGAGCAUUUCUUAAUCUGCCUUUUACUUUGUUUGUCUUUCUUGUCUCACAGGAUGACAUUUACAGUGUGUGAUAAAGUCCCUCAAUUAUGCAGAUUUUUAAGUUAAACCACCAAGAUUUGACUUCUUGUACAUUAUGCCCCAUAAAUCUCUGGGAUUGUUAAUUUUGAAAAGCACUUAACUUCUAUGAUACCUUUGUUUGAUGGGAGUUUGGCAGUGAUGGGUGGAGAUGGAGGUUCAAAGUAGUAAAAACUUUGCUCUUAUUAUACUGUAAUCUGUGCCAUGUCCAUGUGCCAUGUUCCAUUUUCUCUCACUCUGCAUCUGAGUGCGGAAAAGUUAAAAGCACAUUCUGUAGAUAUUUUGGGAUUGUAUUCAUAUUUUAUCUGUGAGCCCACAUUUUGCUGGUGUGCCUUUAUUUUGUCUAUUACGUAGAAAUAAAAAAAAGAAAAAAGUUAGCUUUUUUUAGCUCCUCCAUGCUGUUGUUUCCAAACUCUGCUGCCAAAGUGUACUGUAUACAAUAUAUUUCUUGUAUGAUCAAAAUAUCUUGAACAACAGUGAGUUAUAAUGGGUUUGCAGUUUACUUUUAUGGUAAAGGUCUGUGAUGUGGGAGCAGAUGAUCACUAUGUAUAAACAUCUCCACUGAACAUUUUCUGGUCUGGUUGAACUUGAAGGAGCGCACAAGUCAGAUGUGUACCAGAUACAAAGGACAGAUUUUUGUAUGGAAACCUUUUACGUCAGCACAAUCAUUUGCCAAAUGUCAGCGUAAAAAUGAGAUGGAUUUCAGUGACUGUGUCCUGUUGUAGUGGUGUUGCAUUAGUGUGAAGGUGCUUUUCAAUGCAAAUCCAUCAUUACAGUACAAUAUGUGUAAAUUUUAUACUUUAUGAAAAGAUUCAGAAUUUUGUUCCUGAUAUUUGUAAAACUGAAGAAUUAAGUAUACUCAGAUUGUAUGUUAACGGCUAUAUUUUGUGCAUUCCUGAAUAA